CUUUUCUAUGUUCUCUAGUCGUGCUUUUUGUAGAUCAUAUCGAUUAACCGCCAACUUUCGCACUCUGAUACCAAAAUCCAUCGGGACACGUACAAUGACCACUGAAACAUCAGAUUCACUCCUUGCUGAAAUUGCACAAGCAACAGGUGCAUUGAAUGAUCUCCGACUACAAAAUGCCGAUGCGUCCAGUAUAGACGCUGCCAAGAAGAGACUUGGCGAGUUGAAGAAAACAAUGGCUGCGAUGAAUGUCGCAGGCGGGAGCAAGGACGCUGGAAAGAAGAAGGAGCGGCUCCUCCUCAAAACCGCAAAGGGCACGCGUGAUUACGGCGCUGCGGAGAUGUUUUGUCGGGAACAUGUUGAGCGCAUCGUUAAGGAUGUGUUUACGUCUUACGGCGGGAGCGCCCUCGACACACCUGUCUUCGAGCGCAAGGACGUGCUUGCUGGAAAGUACGGCGAGGACCAGAAGCUCAUUUUUGACUUGAUGGACCAGGGGGGCGAACAGCUUGCGCUUCGGUAUGAUCAUACUGUUCCUUUGGCACGGUAUCUGGCUAUGGCUGGUGCUACGGUCCAAGCGAAGAUUUGGCAAGUCGGCAAGGUCUACCGGAGAGACAACCCUGUGAUGUCAAAAGGUCGAAUGCGCGAGUUCUCACAAGCAGAUUUGGAUAUUACAGGUGUAUGGGACCCAAUGAUCCCAGAUGCUGAGAUUAUCAGUCUACUAUGCACUAUCUUGACGAGAUUGGAUGUUGGAGAAUUUACAAUCAAGCUAAAUCACCGCAAAAUUCUUGAUGGGAUCUUUGAGGUUUGCGGUGUGCCACAGGCCAAAAUUCGAUCGAUAUCCUCGGCCGUGGACAAGUUGGACAAGCUCCCCUGGAUAGAAGUGAAGAAAGAAAUGACAGAGGAGAAAGGACUUUCUUCAGAUGUCGCUGAUAAGAUCGGAGAGUAUGUCAAGCACAAAGGUGGCCCGUCGCUACUCGAUAUUUUGAAAGCAGAUACCACUCUUAUGGCAAACCCGAGCGCCAAGCAGGGCAUUUCAGACAUGGAUAUUCUCUUUACUCUCCUGCGAGCUUACAAAGUUCUCGACAAAAUCUCAUUCGACAUGUCUCUCGCCCGCGGUCUAGACUAUUACACAGGCAUCAUCUAUGAAGCUAUCGUCGAAGCAUCAGCACCACCAGCUUUUGCCGCAAACGCAGAGUCCCCAGCCCCAGCCCCUUCGAAAGCGAAGUCUUCGAAAAAAGCCAAAGCUGAUGACGGCGAAGAAGAUGAGUUGGACGAAUCACAGGUUGGCGUCGGGUCCAUCGCUGCUGGUGGCCGGUACGAUAACCUGGUUGGUAUGUUCACUGCCGCCGCUGCUGCUGAAGGGAAGAAGGCACCAGGACUUCCAUGUAUUGGGGUCAGCAUUGGUCUUGACCGGAUCUUUGCGAUUGUGUGGCCGAAGUGGGUGGAGAAGGGAAUGCGGAGCAAGGAGACGAUGGUGUAUGUGUUGGCUGCUGGUGAUGGCUUGUUGGAAGAGCGGAUUGCACUCGUACAGGAACUCAGGGAAGCAGGUAUAAAGACCGACUUCCUUGCAAAGAAGAAGCCGAAGCUCACUGCGCAGUUCAUGGCCGGUGAAAAGGAUGAAGUGCCUUUUGCUGUGAUUUUGGGCGGUGAUGAGCUCAAGGAAGGCUUGGUGACUAUCAAGGAGCAAAAGUGGGAAUUCGUGGAUGGGAAGAAGACGAAGGUCCAGUCGGAAGAUCAAGGCCUGAAAGUGCGGCGGGACGAACUUAUUAGUUGGAUCAAGCAAACACCAACAUAUCAAGGCUGGUCGAGCGGUCGACUUAUCUAGGAGGAAUAUUUCACCAUACCCUGUAAUGCGUAGAUUAGAAGCUCAGUGGCGCAACGUUGUGUGUCCAUGUUUGUCCUGUCAA